UUGGCUUUUGGCGUUUUAUGGGAAAUUACAAAGCAAUUUUUGGAGGCGAUUAUCGAAAUUUUACCGAAUAAAGAAACCUGUUAACCGCACACAGUAAAGUCCAGAAUCCCAGAGAUCAUGUGCAGCUGCGAGCUCUUUAAUCCGUUCUACAUUGGACCCUAUCCGGAGCGUGCUUGUGGAGAUUGUCCGUAUGGAAAGUACUCGGGAUACACGAGAUGUGGCUGGAGUGGCGGGAAUGGACCGUUUGGCACCACCUUCUGUGAUCGCUCCUUCUCGUGUGGCGGUGGGAGAGGUUGUGGACCUGAGUGGAAUCCCUUCUGUGGGACAUCUUCUGGAUCAUUUCAUCGUUCUAAUUGUGGUCCACGUUGUGAUUCCAGUUGUGGUUCCUCCUUUGGAUCGUCCUGUGCUCCUCGCUGUUGCUGCAACAUGGGCUCCAGUGGAUUGGGCGGCUGUGGCCGAUACUGCUACUCCUGCUGUUAAGUGUAUCCAUAUUUCUGUUGCCUCUGGACUUUACUGUGUGCGGUUAAUUGGUUUCUUGUGCAAAAUUGAUUGUAAAGCACGAACAAUUAUGGUUAGCCCUUUAAGUUUUAUA